AUGGCACAAACUAUGUCUGUUUGGAUGCUUGUUGGUAUAACUAUUGAUAGAUGGCUAGCUGUUUGUUACCCUUUCUCCAUACGCAUUCAUUGUACUGUAAAGAGGGCUAGAUUAAUUGUUUUGUCAACUUUUUUGUUUUCGCUCUUUUACAAUUUGGUUCGCUUUUGGGAAUAUCGUAUUGACUCUAAUGGAGAAAUUGUUGGGCUUUUACGUGAUGACUAUUUAUUUAUGUUACUUUAUCAAAAUUUGGCAACAACUUUAAGUCAAUUUUUACUGCCACUAUGUGUGCUCUGCCCUUUGAAUUUACAAGUUGCACGUUCUAUUUUGGCAGCAAGGGAAAGACGAAAGAAUAUGUUAUGGACAGAACUUUCAUCAGUUGAAGCAAGUAGCCGUGAACAAAGUACUGCUGCAAUGAUGCUUGUUGUUGUUUUAGUAUUUGUAUUUUGCUAUUUUCUUUCACUCUGUCUAAAUGUUCUUGAAAUGUUCAUCCCUCGUCUUUUUCGUUCAUCUACUGGAUUUCUUUUAAACGACAUUAACAAUAUUUUAGUUUUAAUUAAUUCAGCAUCUUCAGCUUUAUUUUAUGCGAGAUUUUCUUCUCGGUAA